UUCGAGCUUCUUGAAAGUCCCGUCGAACUAAGAGAGUCGCACAAUGUUUGACACGAUCACGAAGUAAUGGAAAAAUGUAUACAUGUUUGUCAGAAAGAUUUUGCAACGCGAUUUUAUAAGCUGGAAUCUAAGACUUUAAUGAAAGCGAAAAUCUAAUUAAUUAUGGAGCCGCAAAUUCACCAAAAGGUUGUGCAGUUUGAGACGUUUGUGAACGAGGUGUUAAAAGAAGAUCUCAAACAAUUGGAAAACAAGCUCGAUGCGAAAAAUGCUGACAUUGCCGAAUUUUUGCAAUUGCAAUCAGUGAUAACGACAUUCCAGAAUACGAAUAUGAACAAAACCGGUUUUAAUACCAAGAUCGAUAUUGGACAUAACUUUUUUAUGCAAGCACACGUUACAGAUGUUUCAGAGAUCUUAUUGAAUAUCGGUUUAGGGAUUUAUGUCGAAUUCACGUUGGAUGAAGCCCUCACGUUUAUAAAUGUACGGAGCAAGUUGCUAGAACGACAAGUUGCUAAUUUGCGAAAAGCGAUUGCCAUGACCAAUGCUCACAUUAAAUUAAUACUUCUUGCGAUAGGAGAGUUACAAGGAAUCGGAGAAAACGUUUCAAAGGAAUAAAACUUAUUGUAAUUAAUAAAGUAAAUUAAUAUUUAUUGUAAUUAAUAAGAUACAGAUUAAAGUGGCUGUCACUCUCAG